CAAAUUUGAAAUGCACAAAGUCGCGCGAUAAUUGGCCUCCUGUUUGGAUUCUCCUACCCGUUCCUCCAUUUCCUUACAAGCUGAUCCAGAUUCGGGGAGUAGAGGGAAAUGGACUCGAUCACUUCACCUCCACCAUGUCCAAACACUGUCAGCGUACGCCGGAAUCCUCCGCGGCGGGGCAGGCCGACGCCGAUGAAAGCUCCAAUUCCUUCUCAACUGGAAGAACUCCUGCCGACCACGAUAUCGGAUCCGCCACUUCCCACCGUCGCUGAUCAAGCUCCGCCGUCCGAGAGUCUGAAGGUCUUCCUCAGAAUCAAGCCGAUAGUGCGCACCAUCACUGCGGCCGCGUGCAAGCAACUAGGAGAGGCCACUAGGUCGAGGGCUAAGAAUGCCUGGCCCCAAAACCCUACCGCCAAGAAAAAUUCCACAAAGGAGAAGCAGCCGGCGAAGAAGAUCGGGAGUGAAAUUUGUAUCUCGGUGACUGACUCCCACUCGGUGACGAUAUCCCCGCCGCCGUUGCUGGUCGAUUCGAAGAAGAUCAAAUCUGAGGUUUAUGAAGGGUUUUCUCAUGUCUUCGCUCCAGAUUCCUUGCAGAAUGAGGUUUACGAGAAGAUGGUGAAGCCUAUAGUGGAUGAUUUUCUCGAAGGCAGAAGCGGAAUGCUGGCCGCUUUAGGGCCUAGCGGUUCAGGCAAGACUCAUACUGUGUUUGGGACUCCAAGAGAGCGUGGAAUGGUUCCACUUGCACUUCAGCACAUCUUUAAGCAAUCUAAGGGCCGGGAUUGUAAGUUUUCAAGGUCAUUCUAUCUAUCAAUAUUUGAAAUAUAUUCUGAAAGAGGUAAAGGCGAAAAAAUAUGCGAUCUUAUUCCAGAAAGAGUAGAUUCCGGGUUGCAGUCAUCUAGUAAAAGAGUUCAAGAGGUUAUGGUUUCUAAUGCGCCAGAGGCUGAAUCCUUGAUUGCUUGUGCAAUGUUGAAGCGUGCAACAAGCAUGACCAACACAAACAGUCAGUCCAGCCGAUCUCAAUGCAUCAUUAACCUACACAUGAAACGUGGUGAAGGGAGCAAUCAGCCAGAUGAUGCUGUGCUAACUGUUGUUGACCUUGCUGGAGCUGAGAGGGAAAAGAGAACAGGGAAUCAGGGGGCGAAAUUGUUGGAGAGCAAUUUCAUCAACAACACUUCUAUGGUCUUUGGAUUAUGCCUCAGAGCAUUACUGGAGCACCAGAAGAAUCCCAAGAAACCAUUACAGAAGCAUUUCCAGAACUCUUUGUUAACCAAGUAUCUAAGAGAGUAUCUUGAAGGCAAGAAGCGGAUGAGUUUGAUAUUGACAGUGAAGCCAGGGGAGGACGACUAUUUGGACACAGCCUGCUUACUCAGACAGGCUUCUCCUUACAUGAAAAUAAAAUUCAACAAUAUUGAGGAUCCAAGUAGUUCUAUUUGCAACAAAAGGUCCAUUCAGAGUUUUUCCAGGAUUGGACAACAGAAAAGAAUGAAGCCUAGUGCCAUCGAUGCUCAGACCGAAGAGCCAAAAACCAUUGCAGAUGGGAAUCUACUUUUGCAGGAAGUUCAGACUAAUGAGGCAUCGACUAUGGACAAACCAGACUCCAUCCGAUCUAGUUCUGUAAAGCUGAGCUCCAAUGAGUCAUUAACAAGGGAGAGAAGCCACAUCAUUAUGCAGAACUUUGCUAAGGCUAUAUGGAGAGUGUUGAAACAAUACAAAGACAAGCUACUGGUGGCUGAACGGGAAGUUGAAAGUGUAGGUGAAAACCUCAGAAAUGAAAUGGGCAGGCGCAUUGAGCUUGAAAAGGAACUUGAGGAUCUGAAGUCCCGAUGUACUUGCUCCAAGGAAAACACAGAGCAAGCCACCUUGAUCAAAGUUGAGGAGGCAGAACGAGUUUUGGAAUCCAGUCCUGUUGAUUCUCCAAAGAGUACUGAACAUGUUUCAGAACAUAUCUGUUCUGUCCCGGAACCCAAACCUUGCGAUUCUCCAAAGAGUACUGAGUCUGUUUCCGAACAAAUCUGUUUUGUCUCGGAACCCACUUGUAAUUCUCCAAAUACUACUGGAUCUAUUUCAGAACAGAUUCAACAAGAUACUGACACACUUGCUCAGACAAAUGCAGCCAAAUGUUCACCCCACCAAGCAUCCAAGUUAGGCUUUGUUUCAUCAAGCAACCUACUCCUUGGCAAGUCCUAUUCGGGUGUAACAAGGAACUCGGGACAAAGGAGUGUUUGAUAUGCUGAACGACUUAUGGUAUGCUUUAUUUGAGCUGUUAGGCAGCAGAAGACCAAAUGCCGGGUACUUCUGUGGAGCUUGGAGACGAAGAGGCCGGAUGUCUUGAUCAUAAGCAGGACCUCGUUAUCACUCAGCCAGCAGGUAUGCCUGGCGAGGAACCCCUGGAAUUGCAUCCACGCCCCACAUGUUUAGAAGAAACUUCAAACCAAUCAACUUCUGUUCCAAUAGAUGCUGAAGUUGAAGACACAGUGGGUUUGAAGAGGAAUAAACCUGGCCACUCCAUGGCGGAACCAUCCAACCCACCACAAUCUCACGUCAAAUCCAGGCUAGCUUCCAGCUUCGAAGAUCCCAAAGAUGAAAUGGGAUUGGACAGACGUGGCAAGCCAACCAAACCAGAAAAACCAAAGAGGAGACUAUUGCCUGCAUCGUCUUCACUAUUGAGGGAUAUGACUGCCUUGGCCAUAGAUGACGAGCUAGAAAAACCAAAAGGGGUCAGAGGCGGGAAGAAAUAUACUGUAGAUGAUGAAACAAAGAGAACUCAGGGUAGUAUUUCUCUCCUGCGUUUGCUACAAAGUAACCUUCGACACUGAAGUAGAUUCACCUGCAUAUUAAUCAUCAUCCCUACGUUUUUUUAACUGCUCCUGACCACUUGUCCAGAAUUACUGUAUCAAGAGCCCCUCAAUUAUUUCUUCUAUGGGAAUAUGAGAUGGGUUAACUAUUUAUUUUUAGGGUAGAACGAGAUGGGUUAACUCUAAGGAUGAGUUAAUAUAUAUAUUCUCAUUGGUUUGAUUGGGAAUUGAGAAGUUACUGUGUUCGAAAUUGUUAGUAUACCUGAGGAGGAGCACGUGUCUGAUUAGCUAGUUGGUAAGAUAAUAGAUUACCAAGGCGAUGAUCAGUAGCUGCCUAACUGGUACAUAUAAUUUUCAUUUUUACGUUUCAUGUGCAUUGCAAAUAUGUGAUGUUGGAUUGAAGAAUGUG